AAUCAAUGUCUUCAGAAGUGAUUUGAUAGGUGUGGGUGAGUAACAGAUCACUUUCAGAUUCUUCUUCUUGUGUUUUUGGUGAUUUCACAUUCUUUAUGCAUACCACCCCCUACUGGGCAGGGAGAAGAAUAUCUAGGAAAAAAUAAAAAGACAAAUAUUUAUCUGUUUCUCAUCCACACCUGUUAUAUCACUUUUGAAGAUAUGGAUUAAAACACUGGAGUCCUAUGGAUUACUUUUAUGCUGCCUUUAUGUGCUUUUUGGAGCAUAACAUUUUGGCACCCAUUCACAUUGUAUGGACCUACAGAGCUGAAAUAUUCUUCUAAAAAUCAUAAUUUGUGUUCUGGUGAAGAAAGAAAAUCAUACACAUCUGGGAUGGCAUGAGGGUGAGUAAAUGAUGAGAGAAUUUUAAUUUUUGGGUGAACUAUCCCUUUAAGGUCAGUGGAUUAGCCUACCAUGUGUGUCAGAAUGUCAGACAGUGGUGAACUGGCCAUUGGGAGAACCGGGACUUUUCCAGGUGGGCCAGCAGCGAAAUGGGGCCGCCAUGUUAUGCAGAACAUGCCACAAAACAGCGCCGCGAUAUGCGGAAGGGGGCAGCGAUAUGCAGAAAAGGACAGCAACACCCUCCCAACAACUUUUGGGCAAGAUUACCAUGUAAAAUCCCGGGCUGAUUUCUCUUCCCAGUCCACCCCUGAUGUCAGAUCAUCAGUUUCAAAAGCUAUAAGUGUCUUUAUUGUUUUGAUGAACAGAGUGUCAUAUCCCAGAUUCUUCGAAGCCGCAAUGCAGAGCUCAAAUUUGACCAGCUUUAUGCUUCUGGCAGUCCUGCCACCCAAAAGAUUAGAUUGUUUGUGGCAGGGUGCAAGCGAGCCAUCUGCAUUCCUGCAGUGGCAGAAGGAGAUGAGAAAGAAGGAUCUUCAGGAGGAACUAGCUGAACUGGAGCACCAGUGACUGAAGGGGUGGAUCAGCCAUGAGGAGGCGGCGCUCGCACGAGAACGCUUCCUGGAGCGCAACAACCAUAAAGUUCAGCAGGUUAAGGAGACUGCAGAGCUCAUGCAGAGAUAUGCAAAGAAGCAUCUGCAAGGGGAGAUGGAAAUGAGGGAUCUGGUGCAGCAAGUGGCUGAUGGGCACAAGAACUCCAAAGCCACCAAAGCUAAGCUACAAGAAAUCAAAUGACGCAUAGUUAAGGAGGUUUCAGAGCAGAACAGGGUCCUGGAAGAUGCCCAAGCAGAGCUCAGGAGGAAGAUGGAGCUUAUACAUCAGAUUCGUGCUUUUGAGUCAAUGCCUCUGGUCAGACAAAAGCUUGUGGAUGACACUGAGGAGAAACAAGUCAAAGAACAGCUGCUGGACAACAUCACUCUGUGCAGAACUCUGGCUGAACAUGCCGCUGCACGCAGGCAAGAAGAGAAGAGGUUGAAAAGUGAACUACGGCAGACAGUCAGUAAAGAUGAGACAGUGCCGGCCCUUCAGAGGACCCUACAGCAGAAACAACAGGAAAAACACAAGAGGAAGACUGAAAAGAACAGUAUGAAGAGAAAUGAACUGGUGCUUCCAAUAACAGUCAAGAACUCAAGAAUCCAUAUAAAGGUUAUAGAGGAACAGCACUGGCAGGAGCUGGAGAGAACUUUGGAACAACAGGUUUAUGGGGCCUUCUAUCAGUCAUCCAAAAAAAAAAAAAUUAGGCAUAACCACAGGCAAGUUUUCUGAUAGACUAAUACCUCUUGGUCAUAGUAAGGUCAUUUUAUAAUGUAAAAGGCAUGCUUUUUAAUGUUUGUUUUCUUUUAAAUGGUAGAAAUAAAAAUGUUAGAAUUAUAUCUUGACAUUAAAAUUGAUGAUAAUAAUGAUACUUAAGAGUAAACUAUUUCAUGUAUAUUUUAAGUGUCCAGACAUCAAAGUGCAGGCCUGGCUGCUGUAAGGAACUGUGAUAAAGUACAGAUUUAUUUUC